UUCUCAGGAAAGCAAAUCUAAAAUCGUACACAGAGAAAUACUCUUACCAUGAAACCAUUAUUAUUUCUCUUACUUAAUUUAUGCCUUUCCUUUUCAAUUUGGGGACAGAAGCAAGAGACAUACCUGGUUGAAGAAUGUUUACAUAAUAACUAUACCGAAAAUUCUUGUGACAAAGUGUUUUGCCAGCCUUGGCAGAAGUGUAUAGAUGGAUCCUGUCUCUGUAAGAUACCUUAUCAAUGCCCAAGAAAUGGCAUUUCAGUUUGUUCUACUAACAAAAGAACUUUUCAAAAUUACUGUCAACUAAAGAGCUAUGAAUGCCUACAUAAAUCUGCUACAUUUAUGAGCAGAGGAAAUUGCAACCCACAAGGCAACUUUGCCAUUAGCCUGGACCCUAGAACUACAACAACUGAGGGAAUUCUUCAAGUGGAAUUGAACAACUUGGAGAAGAUAUUUGUAUGUGGUAAUGGUCUGAGUAUGAAUGAAGCCAACGUAGCUUGCAGACAUCUGGGUUUCCCACAAGGAGCUGAUGGUAAAGAAUCUAUUGAACCAGAUGGUGUUUCUCAUUCACCAGAAUGCCUUAAAGCAACUUGCAGAGGGACAGAGACAAGUCUAGCCGAAUGUACUUUAACCAGAUUGAAUCAGAUAGGUGGGAAACUGGCUAAGCUGAUGUGCCACGGGAACCACAGAGAAUGCUCCUCUGGGGAAUUCCGCUGUGUCAAUGAAAAAUGUAUUAAUUCAGAUAAAACAUGCAAUGGAAUCAAUGACUGUGGAGACUUAAGUGAUGAACUUUGUUGUAAAGCAUGCAAAGAAAAAAGCUUCCACUGUAACUCAGAUGUUUGUAUUCCAAACAAGUACCUGUGUAACAAUGAAAUGGAUUGCCUAACAGGAGAAGAUGAACAUCACCGAUUAUGUAAUAAAACAGCAAAAGAACCUAUAACAGAAGUAACAGGACAUGCUGAAGAAUCUAUGGACAAAGAAAGAAAAAAGAUGAAGACCCUUUUACGUCCGUUGCAGUGUGGCGUAAUCCCCAUGGUAACUCGUAAAAAGAGGAGGCUAGAAGGAUAUGCUGCAGCAAAGGAUGAGUAUCCUUGGCAUGUGGCAAUUUUCAAUGAACAUAGACGUUUGGUUUGUAGUGGAGUUUACAUUGGAGGCUGCUGGGUUUUGACUGCUGCACAAUGUGUUGAUCCGCACAAUAUACAGAAUUAUCAAAUAUGGACUGGGAUGAUUAAUUCAUUAAAGCCGAGUUAUGAUACAGAAACAUUUAGAUGUAAUAGAGUGAUAAUCCAUGAGAAUUACAAUUCCCAAACCUAUGAAAAUGAUAUUGCUUUGGUGGAGAUGAAAUCUAAGAGCAGAGGAUCUUCAUGUUCUGUAUUCAACCUUGUGCCAGUAUGCAUCCCUUGGUCACAGUAUAUGUUCAGAAGCGGUCAACAGUGCAAAGUCACCAGUUAUAGUGGAUUUCAAAAUGUAUUUGUCCUUCAGUGGGUCUAUGCUGAUUUAAUGAGAAAUUGUUCUGAGAUCUACAAGGAGCGGUAUUUAACAGGAAUGGAAUGUGCAGGUAUCCCUGAUGGCUCUGUCGAUGCCUGUGCAGAUGUUCUAGGAGGACCUUUGGUUUGUUAUGACUCUAAUAAUGUGGGAUAUGUUUGGGGUAUUGCGAGUUGGGGUGAAAACUGUGAUAGAAAGGGGCAUCCUGGGGUUUAUACAGAAGUGGCACAUUAUUUUGAAUGGAUUGCCCUUCACAUUGGAUCAUCUAUCAUUUCCCAAUAUAACAUAUGAUUUUUGCAAUACAUUUUUUCUCCUUGUUUUAAAGAAGCAUAUAGAUUGGUUAGAAUACUAGUUGCCUAAUAUGACAAAAGUUAUGCAUAUUAUGACCAACUUAUAUCAACAGGAAAGAGAUAUGGGUAAACCUAAAAAUGCCUUCUCAGAAUUAAACUGCAGUAAAUUCAGUGAUUUAGUGAUUUUACUUCAGUCUGGAUUAUUCCUCAGAAGAUCAGCUCUUAAUUCGUGACACUCUGCAACUCUUUGCUUUUGGUAUAUAAUGUACAUUCUAAUAAAAAUGGUGCAUUCAGCAGA